CCCGCCAGUGUAGGCCUGGCUCCGCCUGCGAGCAGCACGGCUGCUGUGACGAUCCAUGUGCCAUAAGGCCGGUCCGCAGCUCCCGCCAAGCUAGGAUGCAGGUGGAACGAAUGAUCACCAAGGCUAAUACGAGACUGAUCUCGCCCGCCGGGUCGCCCAACAUCUCCCCCGGCUCUCUGCACUCUUCCUCGCCGACGCCGCUAAACAACAACAAACUGUCGCCGUCGAUAGCGUCGCAGCCCAAGUCGUCGCCGACGGUAGCGUCACACCACGGCAAGGUCACGGGCAUCCCCACCGUGGCGGCCGCCUCCAGGUACACGGCCCCGGUGCAUAUUGACGUGGGUGGCGUCAUCUACACGUCGUCACUGGAAACGCUGACCAGGUUUCCGGAGACGCGGCUGGCCAAGCUGUUCAACGGCCAGGUGCCGAUCGUCCUGGACACGCUGAAGCAGCACUACUUCAUCGACCGCGACGGCAAGAUGUUCCGCCACAUCCUCAACUUUAUGCGCAGCGGCAAGGUGUGCGUGCCGGACGACUUCAGCGAGAUCGACUGUCUGAUGGAGGAGGCGCGCUACUUCGAGGUCCAGGGUAUGGUGAAGCAGCUGGAGCAGCUUCGCCGGCAGAGAGCGGGCCGAUCGACCGCACGCGCCGCCCAGGCGGCGCCACUGCCGCAGCACGGCUAUCACGUGGUGGCGCUGCACAUUUCGCCCGACCUGGGCGAGCGAGUCAUGCUGUCCGGCGAACGGAAGCUCAUCGAAGAGACGUUCCCAGAGGUGGUGCAGGCACUGAUGGACAGCAGGACGUCAGUGGCGUGGAACCAGGCGGACCCCGAACAUGUGGUGCGGUUCCCACUUAACGGCUACAUCAAGAUGACCUCGCUGCAGGCCAUCCAGCGGCUGCUGGCCGACGGAUUCCAGAUUGUGGCCAGCCUGGGAGGUGGCGUGGAGGGCCAGCAGUUCUCCGAGUACAUCUUCUCCAGAUCCCGACUGCCACUGUGAGCGGCGCCCGCCCGUGCCGCCGCGUGCCAAAGCUGCGCCGCCGCG